AUGGGCCGACACGGUGUGGGAACACGUAGCAACAACGGCGACAGGCUGGCCGACCUAUGCCAGACAUUCCAACUGGUCAUUGGUGGCACUGUAUUCCCCCACAAGGAAGUGCACAAGUACACGUGGACAUCACCGACUGGACAUACACGCAACCAAAUUGACCAUCUGUGCAUAAGUAGGAAAUGGAGACACUCCCUUAGCGAUGUACGGAACAGGAGAAGUGCGUCAAUUGACAGUGACCAUGAACUACUAGUCGGAGAGCUUUUAAUCAAGCUCAGACGAAGUCACACGGCCACCAGAAGAAGCACAAGAAGACCACCCCCCCUGAACUUACACCGACUUGGAGACCCUGUCAUAUCCACCAGAUUGGCAACAAUGCUGCGUGAACAGCUAACACCGCAGCAGAAUCACACCUGGGAACACACAUGCAGCACACUGAGGAGCACCGCGGAUUGCUUGCUUGGCACCCGACAACGCAGGAGCACAGACUGGAUCUCGACACGCACAUGGAAGCUUAUCAGUAGAAGAAAUUCCCUCAAGUCGAAGGCGGAUGACGACUGCAGAGCCCGGGAUUUAUACAAGGAACUCUGCAAGCUAGUGAAGAAAUCAGCCAGAAAUGACAAGAGAGCACUGAUAGAUAGGCUUGCAGAAAAUGCAGAGAGCGCCGCCAACGCCAACAACAUGCGCUCACUAUACCAAACAAUCAAUCAUGCGAGCAGCGCAGAUGACGACUUCAAAAGUAUUGUACCCAACACCAACACCAGAAUACCUCACACGACACCAUCUGUUAGAGAAAUUCGUGAUGCAAUCAGGAAAUUGAAGAACAACAAAGCAGCCGGAGAGGACGGUCUACCCGCAGAACUGCUCCAAGUUGACACGCUUCUAAUGGCCGAAAAGUUGCGCCCGCAUUUCGAGAGCAUAUGGGAGAACGAGCGAAUCCACCCAUCCUGGAAGAAAGGCAUCAUCGUAAAACUACCGAAGAAAGGAGACCUCAGUGAUUGCAAUAAUUGGCGAGGAAUCACCCUGCUGAACACCAGCUACAAAGUGCUAGCCACUUUACUGAAUGAACGUCUACUGGAAAAAAUCGAGCCAACAAUACGCGAUGAACAAGGAGGCUUUAGGCCACACAGAAGCUGCGUAGACCAAGCGAACACAUUACGCGCAAUCACCGAACAAGCUGUGGAAUGGCGCGCGCCGCUUCAUCGAUUUCCAGAAGGCGUUCGACUCAUGAAAGCUAUGUACGAUGAUGCGGAUUUGGCGGUACUGCACAAUGGAAAAAUCAGUGCACCCUUCCAGAUGAACACUGGCGUCAAGCAAGGAUGCCCCAAGAGAGUGAUCGGGUUGACCAGGCGCUUGCUGUGA